UUUUUAUUCAAACGGCACAACGGCGACAGUAAAUUCCUAGAAGCGAUAAAGAUUGCCAAAACGUGUGUACCAAAGCACAUUUAUGCUGAGAAGACCGUUGCUAACUGCAUCUUUCACGUGUGCUUCCGGAUGGGGCGUGCACUUAUCAGCUUGCUUGUCUCAUGAAUCACUAGUUUUAAAGCGGUGAAUUCCAAACCCAUCAAUACCGCACACACUGUCGAAAGGGGCACCACGAACGUGCGCCCACAUGGCGGCUGAUGCAGCUGUCUAGUGACAGAAACACUUCUAGAAGCAGUGUUUGCUACCUGUCGGCCCCUGGGGUUCUUUAUCGUACCGCCUUAUCAGGGUGCCACUGCUAACUUUAUCAAUUUAUCCAUAUAGCAGAUUUCGUACCUUUGACGGUGUUUUUUUUUUUGCAGAAGUUGCUUAAAAUCGAAGCAAAAAUUUUAUCACUGCUAGGUGAUAAGGUGCGAGGUGGAUAAAGAUGGGCUUUGCGUUUUUGCGGAAAUUGGGUUCAGGUGUGGCUGGUUAGUUUGUAGCCGACUACCGACGGAAUAGUACGGUCUUCUUCAAGGCUGGUUCCGGUGCUAGCACCGCAUGCGCCUUUGCGCAUAGUACGGUGUGCGUGAUCAGGUGAUCGAGAGUUCGAGAGAAAUAGUUUUUGACAGGAUUGAAAGGAAAUAACGUCCCAUUUUAAAACCCACCCGAAGUGAAUCUGGUAGAGGUGGUUGUGUACGGUCAACAGCUUACGUGUUGUGCUACGCUUUAUAAUCUCAUUAUCCCGUUGUUCCAAAGUGUGCAGCAGCAAUCCUAGAUUUUCCCACCAAAGUGUCAAAAGUGUGCAGAACGUGUAGUAGUGUUACGCUUAGUAAAACAAAAUGGCCAUCCUUACCGCACAAUCGACAAGCACGGCGGCGGCCACCACGCUCACCCAACCGGCCGGAACAUCCGGUUGGGGCAAGUUUACGCUGCUUCUGUGGAAAAACUUCCUCCUGCACUGGAGAAGCAAAGUUUCCAGCCUGGUCGAGAUCUUCAUUCCACCCCUGUUCAUGCUGCUAAUGGUGGGACUGCGCAGUUUGACCGAGAUCGAACAUGUCCCACACGUUUCCGUGUAUCAGCCGCUGGAUAUCACCAACUUUAGCGCUAUCAGGAGAAAUCUAGUCGUACCGUUCCAAGACACUAUCGCCUACUCACCAAAUGGCCCCGCACUGCACACCCUAAUGGGGCCCGUCGGUGAGUGGAUGAAUAUGGAGGUACAAGGACUACCGAAUGGGUCCGCCCUGCAGGACUUUCUGCUCGGCACCAGUGCGUUCGCAGGAGUCGAGUUCGACAUACGACUGAACGCGUCCAGUAUUCUGCCCCAGCGCUUAAACUAUCGGUUGCGAUUCCCCGGCGAACAGCGGGCCCAAUUCACCGUGGGCCAUAGCUGGCAGACCGAUCGUCGUUGGGGAUCGCGCCCGGACGGAGGAGCACGAUUCGCGGAGGACAGCGACGGUGGACCAUCACCCGGAUACUUCCGUGAAGGAUUUCUCACCCUGCAGCACUACAUCUUCAAAGCGUUUUUGGAGCAGGUGAAAACUAUCGAAGAUCCCGUGCCGGAUGUGUAUCUGCAACGGUUCCCGUAUCCACCGUUCCGGGAGGAUAGCUUCCCCUCCAGCCUGACCACGUUUCUACCCAUCUCGGUGAUGUUGGCCUUCAUCUACCCUUGCAUAAGCAUCGUGAAGAACAUUCUGUUCGAAAAGGAAAAACAAAUCAAAGAAGCGAUGAAGAUCAUGGGCCUCCAGAACUGGGUGCUGUGGAGUUCCUGGUUCGUGAAGUGUUUCGUGUUUACGCAGAUAUCGGUCAUUUUGGUGGUGCUGUUCCUGAAGGUACCCUGGUACUCGACGCCAAACGUGUCCGUACUUACGUACUCCGAUUGGGGUUGCAUCUGGUUGAUCUUCUUCGUGUACGGGAUUGCGAUCAUUACGUUCUCCUUCAUGCUGAGCACCCUGUUUUCGAAGGCGAAUUCCGGUGGUGCCGUGGCGGCCAUCAUUUGGUUCCUAGCGUUCGCACCGUACAUUAUCAUGGUGCAGGACUAUCGUAACUUGACCGUGUCCCAGAAGCUGGGCUCAUCGCUGUUGCUAAACUCCGCUAUUGGGUUCGCGAUGAGGCUGGUCGGAGUGUACGAGGGCACAACGCAAGGUGUACAGUGGUCGACACUGUUCCAUGACAGUGAUGUGGACGAUAUCAACAUCGGACAGAUGCUGCUGAUGUUGCUCGGUGAUGCAGCUAUCUACAUGCUGAUUGCGCUGUACAUCGAGCAAGUGUUUCCCGGCGACUUUGGACUGGCCCAGCCGUGGUACUUCUUCGUUACGAAGCGAUUCUGGUGCGGUGAACGUGUCGCUUCUGAUGAACCUGCAGUUCGCACCGCGCCCAGCAAAACGGACGAUAUUAUCGAGGCGGAACCGAAGGGUCGCAUCCCGCGCAUACAGAUCCGAGAGCUUCGGAAGGUGUACUCCAACAAAAAGAUUGCCGUCGAAGGACUUACGUUCAAUAUGUUUGAAGGGCAAAUUACGGCACUGCUAGGGCAUAAUGGUGCCGGCAAGACCACCACCAUGUCGAUGCUGACCGGUAUGAAGCGUCCCAGCUCGGGAACGGCCAUUAUCUGGGGACACGAUAUAAGAACGGAGAUGAAAUCGGUCCGCAUGUCGCUGGGUUACUGUCCCCAGCACAACAUCCUGUUCGAUGGGUUAACGGUACGCGAGCAUCUUUACUUCUACGGACGUCUCAAGGGACUUUCGAAGCUGCAAGCUCAGUACGAGAUCGAUAAGUACAUCAAGGCACUCGAACUUCUCGACAAGGCGGACGUACGCUCGUCUAGCCUGUCCGGGGGUAUGAAGCGUAAGCUUUGCGUCGGUAUUGCUCUCUGUGCCGGUUCGCGGGUGGUUCUCUGUGAUGAGCCUACCUCCGGUAUGGAUCCGGCAGCGCGCCGUGCUCUGUGGGAUUUGCUGAUCGCGGAGAAAACGCGCCGCACCAUGAUUCUAUCGACGCACUUCAUGGACGAAGCGGACAUGCUAGGCGAUCGUAUUGCGAUCAUGGCGGACGGGAAGCUGAAGGCGGUUGGAUCAUCGUUUUUCCUGAAGAAAAAGUAUGGCGUUGGCUAUCGGUUGAUCUGUGUGAAGAGAUCGGAGUGUGAUGUCGAACGGGUUACGGACGUGCUGCGCAAACACAUACCCUCCAUACAGGUGGAGUCGAACGUUGGUUCGGAGCUGUCCUAUCUGCUGCAGGAGGAACACUCGCGCGGCUUCCAAACGUUGCUGGAAGAUUUGGAAAAGCAAGGCGAGGAGUUGAAGAUUUGUGACUUUGGCAUUUCGCUGACCACGCUCGAGGAGGUGUUCAUGAAGGUGGGUUCCGACUCGACCGGAGUGUCGCAGGUCGGGGAGGAAGCCAGUUUGCACAGCUUGCAUUCGUACAGUACCGGCACGGACCUGGAGUCACGCACCACGAUCGACGAUUACGAGCUGCUGGAAGGAUCGCGACUGUUCUUCUACCAGCUUUGGGCACUGUUUCUCAAGAAGAUCUACCAGACCUAUCGGAACUGGUUCUUGCUGGUGGUGCAAGUGCUGAUUCCGGUACUGUUCGUAGCGGUAACGAUCGCCGUGGUCCGGAACUGGGGAGGAUCGGGAAAUAUGCCACCUCGCGCGAUAGGAUUGCGCUUCUACAACCCAUCCGUGACGCUUAUACAGAUGGAGCCGGAAGAUCAGAUUGGUUCGCUUCAGCAAAGAAUUCUGGACAACUACGUGCGACUCUUCCGCAGUAAGCCGAGCCUACCGCUGCGCCGCGAAGAGUGGAUGGAGGAAACAUUUUUACAGUUUGCCAACACGAACCUAAUGCUGGUAAAUCGUCAGUUUAUUGUUGGCGCUGGCAUCCUGAACAAUAAUCUGACCGCUUGGUUCAACAACGAAGCCCUACACUCGCCACCAGCCGCGUUACAGAUGAUGCACAAUGCACUGCUCACGACGUUUACCGAAUCGCCGGGAUUCAACAUUUCCCUCACGAACUUCCCGCUGCCGUACACCGAUGAGACGAGGCUCCAACUGAUGCGCACGUUCAACAAUUUAGGCUUCCAGCUGGCCUACUACACCGGUUUUGCGAUGUCCUUUGUGGUGGGAUUCUACGUCAUUUUCUACAUUCGUGAGCGUGUCACGAAAGCUAAGCUGCUGCAACUCGUAAGCGGUGUUAACCGACUGACCUACUGGUUCACCGGCUUCAUCUGGGACUAUCUGACGUACGCGUUCGUGUGUAUCUUCAUCAUCAUCACCGUGGCCAUCUUCCAGGAGCCCGGGUUUAGCACCGGUGGUGAAGUGUUCCGCCUGUACUCUGUCUUUCUGUUCGUAGGAGUCCCGGCCCUACCACUGACGUACAUCGUUACGCUCUACUACAACGUAGCACCGGCAGCAUUUAUCAGAAUCAGCGUGGCGUACAUCGUCACCGGUACGGCGUUGUUCAUCUUCGUCUAUCUGCUCGGUACGGACAUGUUCGAGCUGGAGGAACUGUCCGAGGUGCUGUCGAACGUGUUCCUAAUCUUUCCGCACUUUGCCCUGUGCGAUGCGAUCGUCAAUCUGAGCCACAUGUCCGUUACGAUCGAUACUUGCGAGGCAGUGCGACCGCCCGGCGUGACACCGCUUCCAAUCUGUGAGGAAGGUCUGUACUACUACCAGUGGGAACGUCCCGGCAUUGGACGCCAUCUGUUCUACUGUCUCACGAUGACCGUUGUGUACUUCGUGAUACUGUUUGUGCUCGACUUUAAGGUGUUAAAGCUGAUCGUGCAGAAGGUGCGCGAGUGGUACCAUCGCAAACACUACAAAACGAACACGGGCUCAGGUGCGGCUGAGAUCGAUUCGGACGUGAGAAGGGAGAAUGAACGGAUAGCCGCCAUGUCGGUUGAGGAACGAUCGCGCACCAACCUGGUAGCGCACGAGAUGACAAAGUACUACAAUCGAUUCCUUGCCGUAAAUCAGCUGAGUGUGGGCAUUAACAGUUCCGAAUGCUUUGGGCUGCUUGGUGCGAACGGUGCCGGCAAAACAACCACCUUCAAGAUGCUGUCCGGCGACGAAACGAUCUCGUUCGGCGAUGCCUGGAUCAAGGGUCACAGCUUGAAGAGCGAGUUGAAGAAGGUUCACCAGCACAUCGGCUACUGUCCCCAGUUCGACGCACUGAUCGAGGAUCUUACCGGGCGCGAAACGUUGAAGCUGUUCUCGCUGUUGCGUGGUGUACCGCGGCUUAACAUCCCGAUCGUCAGUAUGUACCUUGCGCGUGAGUUCGGCUUCGAGAAGCAUCUGGACAAACAGGUUAAGGCGUACAGUGGGGGCAAUAAGCGUAAGCUAAGUACCGCCCUGGCCAUGCUGGGCAAUCCGUCGGUGGUGUACCUGGACGAGCCGACGUCCGGGAUGGAUCCGGGUGCGAAGCGUAACCUUUGGAACGGUGUCUGCCGGGUGCGGGAUAGUGGCAAAACGAUCGUACUUACCUCGCACAGUAUGGAGGAGUGUGAGGCACUCUGCACCCGGCUGGCCAUCAUGGUGAACGGGGAGUUCAAGUGUAUCGGGUCGACGCAACACUUGAAAAACAAGUUCUCGCAGGGCUUCGUGCUGACGAUCAAGGCAAAGCGGGUGGACGGUGGGGGAAAGGGGAAGGAGAGCGACACGCUCGAUCUGCAGAACAUUAAGGAUCACAUCGUCACACAGUUCCCGGAUUCGCAUCUCAAGGAGGAAUACCAGGACCUGCUGACGUACUACAUCCGCUCGAAUAGUAUGAAAUGGUCGCAGAUAUUCGGUGUGAUGGAACGGGCGAAGCAGCAGCUAAACAUCGAAGAUUACUCGAUCGGACAGACGAGCCUGGAGCAGGUGUUCUUAGCUUUUACCAAGUACCAAAGAGAGGAGUAGCAGUGGCAAAGCAGACUAGGAGGAUCAACCGAAGGCAGUAAGGCGAUAGAUUAAGCAAAUCCUAUUUUAAGAGUAUGUCCUUUGUUUUGUCAUCAGCUUUGGUGAACCGAUAAAGUUAAAGAAGAAAAGAAAAAUAUAACAACGAUCAAUUUUACGAUAAUUUUCUUCUUUUGUUGAUUUGUGUGUUUUGUGUGUUUAAAUCUACGGCUGUAAGAUAGAGGAUAGAGGUCAUGUCUACUAUGUGUUCCUUCUAGGAGAUACUAGACGUGUUCUGCACUUCUGGCUGUCCGAAACGUACCAGGAACCGCCAGCUGUUCUGCUAUACGUUGUCCUAUAGUCCUGCUAUACGUUGGCUAAGUGUGUGAUUAGAGGGAGUGCUUGCUGUCUAAAACCCUACGCGCAACUACGCUAUAGCUCAUUCUCAUUCGGUGCGUUCAACGGUUACCCCGAGCAGGAUCAUCUCCUCCUGGGGGGUUCAUAAUAGCGAUCGCGUUUCACUCCGUUUCAUCAGAAUACUUCGGCAAACGCUGGCCAGCUUAUGCAAUGCAUUUCAUAUGAAACUUCCCACCUCCAACGGAGCGUUAUCUCCGUAUUCCGAAGGUUUACUAAAACGUCACAACAUCGAUAGCUACCACCGCUACUGCCGCUAGAGCUAGUAGCAGCGGUGAGUGUUAGAUUAUUACCAAGGCAAACACGAAAUAUGAUGACGUGAUAUACAGCGUUACAAUCGUUUACAACUUCUGGGACCGGUCGGACGGGUACUAUCCAACCAACAAUAUUUACAGACAUCAAUGCGGUUUAACAUCAAUACUCGUUGUAGAAACGGAUGAUGGAGGGACACGUGCCAAUAAACAUGUAAACGUUUCGUUUUAGUUUGGCAACAGCUACACCUAUUACAAAUGGAUACAAAAUGGGAGACAAAGUUACUCUUAUACACAUCUCGCUAGUAAAGAUCAAAAUCAAGGUACUGGAUUAGAGCAAUUGUACAGUUUGACAGGAAGGGGGAGAACGGGAGACCAAUGUUGCUCUCUGUGAUGUGAUGUGCGAGACAGCGUUUUAUAACACGCUUUCGUUGUUUUCUUCUUCCAUCGCGUGAUAGUACGGUACACUUAGCUUUGCGUCGUAGUACUACUACUAUUCGCGACGAAUAAGGUCGCAUCCAUCGCCGGC